UAUAAGAUCGAAAGCGCCCACCACGAGUGGGUCGCUAUUACACGGAGGCGCAACGCACGCGCCGGGACUUGGGACUUGUUUCUGCUCAGAUCAAGCAGCCUACAUGUAGGCCUUGACCUCCUUGGCGCAGUUGUCGGCCGUCAUGCCGAGCUCGGACAUGACGAUGUCGCCGGGCGCCGAGAAGCCGAAGCGGUCGACGCCGAUGACCUUGCCGUCGAGGCCGACGUACUUGUACCACAUGGUGGACACGCCGGCCUCCAUGGCGACGCGCUUGCGGCACGAGUCGGGGAGGACCUCGGCCUUGUAGGCGUCGGACUGGCGGUCGAAGCGCUCCAUGCACGGCAUGGACACGACGCGGACGCCGCCGCCGAUCUGCUUCGCCGCGGCCACGGCGUGUUGCAGCUCGGAACCCGUCGCGAUGAUGAUGCAUUUCAAGUCGCCGGUCUCCUUGACGGCGACGUAGCCGCCCUUGAGCGUGUCCUCGCGGCUGGUCGUGCCCGUCUGGUCGAGGUUCUGGCGCGAGAGGAUGAGGGCGGUCGGGCCGUCCGUGCGGACGGCGGCGCCGACGUACGCGCCGGCCGUCUCCUCGUAGUCCGCGGGCCGGAAGACGUCGAGGUUCGGGAAGGCGCGGAGGCCGGAGACCGUCUCGACGGGCUGGUGCGUCGGGCCGUCCUCGCCGACGCCGAUGGAGUCGUGCGUCCAGAUGUACGAGACGGGGAGCUCCGCGAGCGCGGCGAUGCGGACCGCGGCGCGCAUGUAGUCGGCGAAGACGAGGAACGUCGCGCCGGACGGGCGGAAGAGGCCGUAGUAGGCGAAGCCGUUCAUGAUGCAGCCCAUGGCGUGCUCGCGGAUGCCGUAGUAGACGUUGCGGCCCUUGUACGACUUGCCGAAGUCGGCGCCGAAGUCGCCGGCGCCCUUGAUGUAGUUCUUGUUCGAGCCGUGGAGGUCCGCGGAGCCCGAGAUGUAGAGGGGCAUGGCCGCCGCGAUGUCGUUGAUGAUGGCGCUGCCGGAGAUGCGCGUCGCCUCGGCGUCGCCCGAGCCCUUGGGGAUGGCCUUGAGGAGCUCGGCCUCGGAGGGGGUCUUGCCAUCAAUACCGUCCUGGAGGAUCUUGGCCUGGUCCGGGUUCGCGGACUGCCAGGCCUUGUAGGUGGCCUGCCACGCGUCGUACGACGCCUUCUGGGCGGCCUUGCGGUCGGCGAAGAACUUGUAGGUGUCGUCGGACACGUGCCACUUGUCCGCCGGGAGGCCCAAGUUCUUGCGGGCCUCGUCGACGUACGCGACGCCGGCCUCGCCGUGCGCGGCGUUCGUGCCGGCGACCUCGUCGAUGCCGCGGCCGAUCUCGGUCUUGGCGAUGAUCAUGGUCGGCUUGCCGUUGUCGUUGGCCUUGGCCUCCUCGAUGGCCUCGUAGAUGGCCUUGAGGUCGUGGCCGUCCGUCAGCGUGAUGACGUCCCAGCCGUAGGCCUCGUAUCUGGCACCCACAUCCUCGGACUGCGUGAACUCGGCCAUCUUGUCGAGCGUGACAUCAUUCGCGUCGUACAAGACGAUCAAGUUGUCGAGCUUCUCGUGCGCCGCGAAGCACGACGCCUCGGCACUGACGCCCUCCUGGAGGCAGCCGUCGCCGACCAUGCAGAAGAUGUGGUUGUCGAAGAUCGUGUGCUCCGGCGUGUUGAACAUGGCGGCCGACAUCUUGGAGGCCGCGGCGAGGCCCGCGCAGUUCGAGAUACCGGCUCCCAGAGGACCGGUCGUGGCCUCGAUACCCGGCGUCGUGUGUUCCGAGUUCGGGAACUCGGGGUGGCCCGGCGUGGCGCUGUGGUGCUGGCGGAAGUUCGCGACCUCGUCCUUGGGGAUGUCGUAGCCGGCCAGGUGGAGCCACGAGUAGAGGAACAUGCUGCCGUGGCCCGCGCUGAGGACGAAGCGGUCGCGGUUGACCCAGGUCGGGUCGUCGGGGUUGAAGGUCAUGGACUGGCCGAAGAGGACCGCGCCCAUCUCGGCGGCGCCGAGCGGCAGGCCGAGGUGGCCGGACUUGGCCGCGGCGAUCGAGUCCAUCGCGAGGCCGCGCGCCUCGUUGGCGGCGGUCUGGAGGGCCUCGGACGUGGCCGGGGCGACCUAUGUUUGUAGUUGUGAGUGAUGUGGUGCGUGGCAGCGCGGGAGGUGGAGUGGCGUUUUUUGCAACCAGGGGUGCGGCGGCGCCGUCCUCGGCGGAUGUGUGUGUGCGAUGCGUUUUUUGCAACAGCGCUGGCUGGGGAGCAGCGCGCGUGCAUCUGUACCGCUGCGGGCUGGUUUUUGGGUCGGCGCGAGGCGCGCGGCGAUCGCUUUUGCAAGGAUAGCUGUGGGCGACGCUGGGGCUAGCUUCGAGCGUGGCGGCAUUGAGCGCCGACGAUUUCACCGUCAGGCGCGGCGCCACCAGACCGGUGGCGCCCUGCAGGGCGAGAGCUAUCGCGGCGCACUUCAUGAUUGCGGCUAGGUCGCAGCUGCGUACGACGCGAUGCC